UAUUAAGGUCCAGGUCACACUCUAGUAAACAGUGUAAUGAUAAUAUGAGUGUAGAAUUCCUUUGAAUGAUUUUUGUGUCGCAAAUGACCAUACGAAAAUAAACAUGCAGUGUUGACUGAUUUUAAAGGUACAUGUACCGUUAAAAGCCACAUAACCUAGUGGCGGAUUUAUUUUCAAAUUUAAGGUGAGGGAAGUUGAGACUCCGGAUCUUUGGGACAAGGGUCACAUAUUAGAAGCUGGAAACCAUUUAUUUCACCACCAACCAUGUACAUCGGGAAAGGACCUCUGAACAUAUGCCUCAUCUUAAGUGUUACACUACUAAUGCCAGGCAUCGUAUCUUGCGAAGAUUGUGAUUUAACCAGUGUCUCCACUUGCAUCUCCAACGUAAACAUGGCAGUGUUACGUGAAAAUAUAACAGCUUUUUGCAAUGAUGAGUUGGGAGAGCUGAGCCGAUGCCUACAGCCGUAUGACACAGCGUGUCAGAAUGAUUCCACGUACCAACAGUAUGUCCAGUAUUUCCAACCAUCCACGUUUGGAUGUCAAGGUAUCAGUGGACUGCAAUGUGACAUGCGAGCAGUAUUUCGAUGCUUUACUGAUAUGGACAUGUCUUUGUUAACUUCAAAUCUAACAUUUUUCUGCAAUGUUGAAUUGAAGAAGGCACUCGAUUGCGUGGGAAUUUAUGAAGAUGUUUGUAUGAAAAGUUUAUAUUCCGGUUCAUACAAUUCCACUGUUUCGUCGCUCGAACCGGAAUUAUAUGGUUGUUCUGGUACCAGCGGACCACAGUGCGAGUUUUCAAAAGCAGCACAGUGUAUGCAUGAUUUUACUGCUCAGCGCAUGGAGAUUUUAGAUAUUAAUACCGCUUCCAGGAACUUUACAGCUGAAUGCCAACUCCUGAAAACAGCAGAAAAACAAUGCAUUGCUCCUUAUGAAAACGCAUGUACAAAUAAUACAUCAUUUUCAUCGUUUAAAGAAAUCGGAAAGUUAAAGGAUGUUCUAUGCAAAGAUCUGAGUAGCUCAUCACCACGCUUAGACCCCGCUGUUACCGUCAUUGUGUGGAGCAUUAUGAACAUUUGUUUCAUUAUGAAUUGAAUCGCAAUUUAGUUUAGUUGAUAUAUCAUUCCUUUUUGCAAUACAUGUAUAUUGAUGCAUUUAUGAAAAUUGUACAUGGAAACAUUGUGUAUAUAUAAAAUGUAACUUGUUUUGAUAAGAAGUUUUAUUAUGUACCCUUCAAUAUAUCGUUCUUUGAUACUGUGGAUUUCACAGCAUGUGAUCCGGUUCGCGUCUCGUCUCGUGUGAUCUGAUAAUCCGCGCCUGUCAACUCGACGUGAUCCGACUCUUCGGAUCAAGUUACUGUAGUACAGUGUAAUAAUAAAAAUAAUAAUAAUAUAUAUAUAUAUAUAUAUAUAUAUAUAUAUAUACAUAUCAAUGUUUUGUUUUAUAUUCCGCAAUUUUGAAAUAGAAAACCGUAUACGAGCAAAAAACUCCAAUGUUUUGGUUUUUGAUACUGUGGAUUUCACAGAGUGUGAUCCGGUUUUCUGAUUCCGUAUCAGUAUCCUCUGAAACGGAUGACGUCACAAUGCAUCAUGUUUUGUGGAAAAUAUCGACCGCGUCACAAACAAAACUGCGUACACAAAAUAUGAUUUCACUGUAUGUCUGUAUUUUUGAUAAUUUUGAUUACAUUUAGUAUCUUAUAAAUGUGGAUUUAAAAUGCAUAAGAGGGUAUAUGGACAUUUAUUAUAUACACAUCAAUGUUUCGUUUUUUGAUACUGUGGAUUCCACAGUGAUCCGAUGUUCCGUAUCACCACACUGUGGUUUUCUGAUUCCGUAUCAUUAUCCUCUGAAACUGAUGACGUCAUAAUGCAUCAACGCAACGUUUUUGUGGAAAAUAUCGACCGUGUCACAAACAAAACUGCGCACACAAAAUAUAAUUUCACUGUAUGUCUGUGCUUUUGAUAAUUUGGAUUACAUUUAUUAUUUUAUAUCGUAUUAUUAUCUUUUGUGAAUUUAAAAUGCAUAAGGGGGUAUAUAAUUUUAUCAUUACUACAGUAGGUUGAUCCGAAGAGUUGGAUCACGUCUCGUUGGCAUUUUAUAUUUACCAAAAGUUCGAAAUGAAUAUUAUAAACGGUCUUUUAAGGUAUCCUCCACAAUUUUAUGGAAUCAGUUGCCCGAGUCUCUCAGAAGCUGUGGUUCUAUUACAUCUUUUAAAUCAGCAUAUUUGCAGCAUUAUUACUCAAAUAAGUGAUAUAUAUGAUAUUUAUAUGUUUAUUUUUUCCCCAGUGAUAUCGUGUAUAUAUUUUAUAUUAUGUUAUCUAUUUUUCUAUUCUCUCAUUUAUCUGUCUGGGUAUGUUUUAUACAGGACCACAAUGUAAACUAGUCAUUUGUACUAACAGUGUUAUCCUGUCUAAAUAAAGAAUUUAUUAUCAUUAUUAUUAUUCGCAUCUGUGUGAUCUGGUCCGACUCUUCAGAUUAAAUCAAUGUAGUAAUACAUGUAAUAUGUGUUGAAAAAUGUUGUGCCCAUACAAAUUUUGAAAGGGUUUGGCAGGGACUAUAUUUUCUGGCGGAAGGAUUGGUUAAUAAAAUUUUCUAAAUCUG